AAUCCCGCGAGGCCGCAAUUCGUUUCCUAAACUAGCCGUUACCAUCUCCAGCUCUCUCUUUAAACAAACAGCUCCUGUAUCCUAGAAAACUCCUAAUACAAUUCCUCCUAGAUAUUGCGAAUCCAUUCUUUAAUUCUUUCCAAUUCAAAGAAAUUAUCAUCAUCUUCAUUCUCCAACAUAAAAAAAUCCACUGUCCAUGGCUGCAUCUCCAAGCAAAAAUCCUCCUUUCUCUUCAAUACCUAGUAGGUCAUCUAACCCAAGAAACUCAGAGGUUAGCAACCCCAUAAGAAGGAGUUUUAGCGGCAGCCCAGUUGCUAGACCUUCUAUUAUUACGAUCCAGAGGCCUGGCUUUAACCCCAAUACUCCUGCUAAUAGUCCGUCAGAUUAUCCGCGAAGAAAGUCCCUUAACGGAGAAAAUAUAGUAGUCUCUUUGCGCGAUUUUGAGGACAAAGAGAACAGAAAAGAUCAAAAUUUGAAGCAGGCCAGAGUCCGAUCACCAGCUUCUUCAAAGGGUACAAAGAACUUCAUGUCUCCAACAAUCUCUGCAACCUCAAAAAUCAAUGCAUCACCAAGAAAGAAAAUCCUGACAGAGAGGAAUGAGCCAACUCGUACUUCUGUGUCAUCCUUUGAUUGUAAAAGCCCUCUUCCUCUGAAGGAAGAUUUGGAUUUGAAGCCUGAAAAGGGUUUGAAUCAGAAGAAGGAGGUCUCAUUUGAUCCAACAAUCACUUAUUUGGAGGACAAGGACUCCUCAAAAAGUAAUGAAGAUUAUAAUUCCAUGGUACACUCGAGCACUAAAGAUGACAGAGAAUCGUUAUCAGAAAGUACUGCAGAUGAUUGGGAUUCGUUAUCAAAAAGCAUGACUGUGGACAAGGAUUGUGUUAAUCUCGAUCCAAGUUUUCAGAUUAGUCCAAGGGCUUCUUGUCCCUUGGCACCUCUUGAUGCAGAUUCAUUAAUGCCUCGUUAUGAUCCCAGGACUAAUUAUCUCUCACCAAGGCCUCAAUUUCUUCAUUAUAAGCCUAACCCACGAAUCCAGCUGUAUCUUAACAAGGAAAGAGAUGGUGAAGGGCUUGUGGAGAAUUCUGCAUCUGAAAUUUCUUCAGAUGCUGAAGUAACUGAAGGAGAAGAAUACCUGUCUGAUUAUUCACACAAAGAAUCUGAAGAUGCUUCUUCAGGUGAUGUGUUAAUUAAAGGAGAAGAAGAGGAGGAGGAGGAGGAGGAGGAGGAGGAAGAGCUGCUUGUCUCUGAACCAAAUCUCAUCAGUACAUCUAAGGAAGCUGCUGAAGUAAAAAGGAUGUCUAAGAAACAUUUCUUCACGAAAAGAAAGUUCACUACUUUGCUUUUGAUCCUGGCUGUUGCUUGUUUAUGGGGCUCAGUCACUUAUUCACCAGUUAUGGAUCCAUCUGUGCUUAAUAAUUUAAGCUUCUCUAAUCUUUAUCUCCCACCUGAAAUCUCAGAACCCAUCAGAGACAAUUUGCAAGGCCUAGCUCAGAAGUUUCAGCAAUGGGCAUAUGAUUUUCUCUCUUAUAUCCAUAAUCAUAUCAUCAGCUUCAGAGAACGGCUCAAACCUGGUCCAUUGCAGUUCGCCAACUUAACCACUUUACUACAUGAUGGGUUGUUUGAUAAUUACCUUCUGGUUGACCAGAGUCCUUUUGGUGCAGCAGUCAAGUAUGAAAGAAAUGGAUUAAGUUUGACAAGGGAGGUUGAUAUUAAAUCGUUGGAGGAAGAGGAGGAUCAAUCAAUUGAAGUUGAAGAGAAUGUUAAAGUUGAAGGAGACGAAGUCAAUGAGAAUGUUGAAGUGGAAGGAGAUAACAAGGAAACUGAUGAAAAUAUUGAGGAAGCUGCAGAAGGAGAAAAGAAUGACCAAGAAUAUGAAGAUGAUAAAGUGAUUGCAUUACAUGACAACCUUGAGGUUUUAGUGAACGAUAUUGUUCUGGAAUCUGAAGAAGUAAUUAUGACAACGGUGACACAAGAAAGAGUGGAAACUGCAGGUUGCAUUGAAGAGCCACCAAGUGAAACAGAUGUUACAGACCUGCCAGUUCCAAUCCCACAGGCGGCUGAAAUUCAGCCAGAUGACUCUUAUCCCAGACUAGCUCUAGCUGAAAAUGACAUGGGUUCAGUUGAAUCUGAGUCCUCUAUCGCAGAGAACAAACCUGAAAGCUUUGAUUCAGAUGCGGCAAUGAAUUUGGAAUCAGUGGACUUGGCAAUUCUUGGAACUAAUAACAUGUUUUCAUCUCAGGCGGUGAUGUGCAUUUCCUUGCUUGCUUUGUGUCUUCUUGCACCUUUUGCUUUCAUUUAUAUCAAGAAGAAAACAUCAACCACAUCAAAUGUCGUAAUUACAAUGGAUCGAACCCCGGUGACCAAGAAAGUGGACUACAGUCCCCUGUCUGCGACCACAGGACACUCAUUACAGGAGGUUGAUGAAACAACAGAUGGAGAAUCAUGUCCAUCAGAAAUGAGCAGUUUCCAGUACAGCUACAGCUCAUCCUAUAGCAAGGGAAGAAACAAAAGGACAAGUGAAUCUCAAAGCCAAAAGCAUCGGAAGAAUUCCAGAAGAGAAUCUCUAGCUUCAUCUGACUACUCUACUGAGUCACAAUCUUAUGGAAGUUUCACAUCGUAUGAGAAAAUUAUCAACAAGAAUGGAAAUGGAGAAGAGAAGUUGUUGACUCCAGUUAGACGCUCUAGCAGAAUCAGAAACCAUGUCACUUCUCCAUGAUACACAAAUGGAUAAGAAGUUUUCAGAGCGAGGCCACGUUUGUGCAGUGCUUGUUUUAGGUAGCUGACUUAGUUUUUAGUAGCUUCCUGAUCCUGACAUUAGUGUAGUUUUAAAGGCAUUUGACUAUUGUGCCUGAAUCUCUGUGUACCCUGCAUUCUUUUGCAUGGAACUGUUUCAUGGUUUGAAUUUUAGUGUGUCAAUUCAGAUUUCAGAGUUUGCUGCA